UCGAAAUGAAUGUGACUUGAAAUCUGCUUCUGGUAGUUAUGUUGAAAAACUCAACGAACCUGGUGUAUUAUCAAUCAUAAAUGAACAUAAGCAAACAUUUGAGCCAUUUAGUGAUCUAAUUGACACUGCCUUAUCAAACUUGCGUACAGACUUGCUUACAAAUCAAGAUGCUUUUACUGCUCAUGAAAAUGAUGAAGUUCAAGAUGAAAUGAUUGAAACAAUAGAUGAGAUUGUGGAUGAUGAAAAUGUUGUUGCAGAUGCAGUACUUUUUGACAGUGAAAUCAAUGUUUCAACAAAUAGUUCAGAAUUCCUGAGCGAUGCAGAAUUGAAUCCCAUGAUUUCAUCCUUGAAUUACAAACAAAGACAAUUGUUCGAUUUAGUAUAUGACUGGGCUUGCAGGUAUAAAAAAAAUCUUAUCGGCAAUAAGAAAAGUAGAAGUUACACCAUUGUAUAUUUUUUUGACUGGCGCUGGUGGCUGCGGAAAGUCACAUCUAAUUAAAACCAUAUAUCAAGCAAUGUCCAAGGUACUUUCAUAUAAAUCUAAGAACCUGAACAAACCCAAAGUUUUUCUUGUGGCUCCUACUGGUGUUGCUGCAAUUAAUAUCAAUGGUACUACUAUUCAUACAGCUUUUGGAAUACCUGUUGGUCAUUUUGGAAAGAAUUUGCCACGUUUAAAUGACAAAAGGAGGAGUACUUUACGGAACAAACUUAGUGAGCUGAAGGCCAUUAUUGUUGAUGAAAUUUCUAUGGUAUCAAACUUGCAGUUAUUUUAUAUUCAUCUACGUUUAAUUGAAAUAUUUGCAUGUCGUGAUGAGAUUCCAUUUGCCGGCAUUACAGUGAUAGCAUGUGGUGAUUUAUAUCAACUGCCACCUGUUCAACAACGACCUGUGUAUGCUGAUUAUAAAAGUGACUGGCUCAACUUGGUGCAUCUAUGGAAGCUUUUCGAAUUUGCUGAGCUUACAGAGGUAAUGAGACAAAAAGGUGAUAAUGUAUUAAUAGAUUUAUUAAAUAAUGUGAGAAUUGGCAAACUUGAUAAAAAAGACGAGGAAUUAUUGAAGAAUAGAGUAGUUUCUCCAAAUGAUUCUGAUUAUCCUGCAAAUGCACUCCAUAUCUUUGCAGAAAAUGCUCCUGCCAAAGUACACAACAAUAUUAUGCUAGAGUCUGUUGAUGCAUUCUGUUUUACUAUACAAUCCAUUGAUCAACUUCCAAAAAAUGUUGCGAAAGGCAUUAUUGAAAAAGCAUUGAAUCGCAAUCAAAGUGAAACCGGGGGUCUUGCUACUGAAUUAAAAAUCAAAGUUGGUGCAAGAGUAAUGCUUACAGUCAAUAUUGAUAUUGCUGACAGACUGAUCAAUGGCCAAAUAGGUACUGUCAAGCAUGUAAAAGCAGACAAUGCAAACAAAGUUUCGAAGAUAUACGUGUUAUUUGAUGACCCCAAGGCAGGCAAGGAGGCCAUAUUUAAAAGCAAUUGUUCAAAUAGAUGGGUACCAAUCGAGAGAGCAGAAGCAAAUAUCAAACUGAAAACCAGCAAAGAUACAUCACCUGUAAUCAAACGUACUCAGUUCCCACUAAUGCUAUCCUGGGCAUGCACUGUACACAAAGUUAAAGGUUUAACACUGGAUAAAGUUGUUAUUAGCUUUGAUUUGGAGAAGCAGCGUUCAUUUAAUAAUGGCCAGAUGUAUGUUGCACUUAGCAGAGUUACAUCUUUGAAUGGUAUGUGUUUGACAGGAAAAUUUUCUAGGUCUGCUAUCAAAUGCAAUUCUCGUGCUACGUUAGAGUAUGAUAGACUACGAAAUGAGUGUGUUUUUCAGCAGAUUCAAAAAUUUUCUGCCCCAUCACAUGAUGUAUUGACUAUAGCACUGUUGAACACAAGAUCGUUUUCUCGGCAUGCUGUUGACAUAUCUUUCGAUGCUUACAUUGUAUGAUAUAAUAUGCCUAACAGAAACACAAUUAAAUCCUGGCCAAGAUACUGAAAGUAUCGAUAAUUAUUUGGUGAAUUUCAGUCCACUUCAUAAUUGUAACACUGACAAGUUUCAAAGCAUUUCACUUUUUUUCAGAAGAAGCAUACAUGUACAAAAUCAUCAGUUUGGUCAAGGUGUUACAAUGUUUUCGUUUACUAAGACAUCAUUUUCAGCUGAGACUUUUAAUGCAUUGGUUAUCUAUCGAAAAUGUAAUGAUGCCUUAGAACGUUUUUAUGAUGCCCUAUCUCGCGCAGUUCAAAAUACCAGUGUACAUUUCAUUCUUGGAGAUUUCAAUAUCAAUGCACAGGCUCAACCACAAAGAUUAUCAGAUGUUAUGUAUGAUUUCACUCAAAUUUUUACCGAACCUACCCAUUUAGCUGGAGCCACUCUUGAUCAUGUUUAUAUAAAGAACAGUGUUGUGUUAUCAUAUGAUGUGAAAUGUUUUGUAAAAUGUGUACACUUUUUUGAUCAUGAUGCUGUCAGCUUUAGUAUAGCAAAGAAGCUUUAAAGCCUGGUUGCCCACCACAUAAACAUUGUUGCCUUUAUCUCAGUUUCAUCUCAGCAGAAGUAAAACUUAGCCCAUCCAUCGUCCAACUAAAAUCGAAUAUAUUUUCAUCGUUAGGCAAUGAUGAUAUGUUUUAUAUUUUUUCAAUUUUUCCAGGUUUAAUGUUUGUAUAUAUUCAUUGUAUAUUUUUCUUUGUACAUGCUAUAGCUUUGUAAUUUUAUUUAUGACUAUAUCUGUAUAGUACGUGACUUUGUACUGAGAAAAAGUAAAUGAAUCGAUUUUUCAGUCAGUCUGCAAUAAGAAUGUAAAAUUUUUUAUAGGCACUAGGAAUAUAUGUUGGUAUUGUUAAAGGCUGUGGAAUGUCAAAGAGACUAAUCGAGAAAUGCAUCGACUCUGUUGUUUAGAAGUGUUAAUUAAGGGUGAUGAAUAUCUGAAAUGAACAUUAUCACGCAAAAAAUAGUGACAUCAAGAAAUCAAACUAAGUCCACGAACCAGAACUUCAUACGAAACUCUUCAAUUCAAUUGGGAAUGAACAGACACUUUUUGGAGCAUCAAUGUAGCUGACAAAAUGCAUUACUACGUAUUGAUUUGGAACGAAUACGAAAUUCAAAAAGAACAUUGUUGAUGGAGCAAUCGCCUAGAAGUACGAAUUUCGAUACAUUUCGAUACAACUGAUAGCUCGUAAUGUUCAUUCGCAACGUAUAGAAGUGCGAAUUUCGAUACAACUGAUAGCUCGUAAUGUUCAUUCGCAACGUAUAGAAGUGAGAAUUUCGAUACAACUGAUAGCUCGUAAUGUUCAUUCGCAACGUAAACAAGUGCGAAUUUCGAUAAAACUAAUAACUCGUAAUGUUCCUUCACAACGUAUAGAAGUGGCAUUUCGAUACAACUGAUAGCUCGUAAUGUUCAUUCGCAACGUAUAGAGUUGCGAACUUCGAUACAACUGAUAGCUCGUAAUGUUCAUUCGCAACGUAUAUAAGUGCGAAUUUCUGUACAACUGAUAGCUCGUAAUGUUCGUUCGCAACGCAUAGAAGAAGUACGAACUUCGAUACGAUUGAUAGGUCGUAAUACUAUUUCAUCCCUAAUCUCAGCUCGAAAAAAACACAACAACUUCUUUCACGAAAUGUUCAGUAGAAGAUAAAGAUGAUGCUUCCGGAAUUAAAAAAUCGACCCGUGGAGACCAUUGACUUUGUUUUACAUUUGUGAAUAUAUAGUAUACAUACACUUCAUUUGAA